AGUUUGAUCAUGCACGUGACGAGGGCUGUGAAGACAACUGCAGUUUCCUAGAUUUUUCAAACAAUUCCUGAUCCGAAAUAGGAGAGUCCAUACCCAAGACUUCCAUCGAUUGGUAUUAUGAUACUGUUUGUCAACACGGACAACAUAAUGUGAAUACAGACAACAUAAUGUCAACACGGACAACAUAAUGUCAACACGGACAACAUUUAUGCACAGCCUAGAACUACCAGCGUAGAGACGCUAGUCCAGAGCAGACAUAAUGUGGCAGAGGCUUGCAGACAGUAUCUCUGCUCAGUUAGCCCACCCUAAAGGGGGACCCAUCGGCUGGUAUGUCAAGUAUCUAUUCAAGAAGGUGAACAAACCGCUGUCGCAGAGUGCUGUGGACUUGUGUAACAUCCAGCCUCAUCAUAAUGUACUGGAGGUUGGCUUUGGAACCGGAGAAGGACUUAAGUGUGCCUGCCAGAAAAUACAAGACGGACCGGGGAAAAUAUACGGAGUGGACAUCUCUGAAAGAAUGUUUACUGAAACGGCUGAAUUGUUAUACAUGGAAAUACACAACAAGAAACUAGAGCUGUUGCUAUCGAGAGUUGAAAAACUUCCGUUCAACCACGACAAGUUUGAUCGUGUGUACCACGUAAACUGUUAUUAUUUCUGGCGUGACAUGAUCGACGGAGCCGCAGAGCUUUAUCGCGUGAUGAAGCCAAACUCCAUGAUGGUGACGACACUGAGUCUGAAACGACUAAAACAAGCAAAGAAAAGAGGAUUACUGACAAAGAAUGCUAUUACUGAUCCCAUGCACUACAUGUGGUGUUUAGAAAAUGUGGGUUUUGAAGAUGUUUCCAUGAAGUAUGUGAAAAACAAAUUGGGAUUCGAACAUCAGGCAAUUUUUGCUUAUGUUCAUGAGAAAUAAAACCUGGAAGAGCUAACUGGCUUAGCGGGCAGUGAUUUAAGUACCCUUAGUAAAAGAUGACAUGAAAUGCAUUUAGAUUUUUAAGUUUAUAAAUGUGUGAUUUUAGGGAAAUAUUUAGUCAUUUUCAUGGUAAUGAAUUUGUCUCUUCAUUUGAAACUGUGAAAGACUGAUGGAUGCCAAUCUUUACUGCGUCAGUUGUACCGCAUGGUAUAUUCUGAAAUUAUGAAUUGUGGAUCAGUGGAGGGAGCAAACUCUGGCACCAAUUUAGUGGUAAUUUUUAAUAUCCUUAAGGGUUCCCUUUUUUGGGCUAGCUAAGAACCCCCAAAGUGUUGUAACCUUACCUAGUCUGAACUCGGCUUCAAUUUUGUAUUUGGAAAUGGUAUUUGCUGACUGACUUACUAACCUUUUAAAAGGCUUUUCAUUCUAAGAGGUAGAUCUACUGAGCAUGAUUCCUCAUCAACCACCCGAAAUUCUGCUUAAUGUCAAAUAAGACAUUUGUAUGUUCAGAUUCAUCUUGAAUUGGAUGAAUGAUAGCAUAAAUUUGGAAAGUUAUGCAGGUUUUGUUACUGGUGUGUAUGUAGUGCAGAGUUUGUUGACCUCAAUUUGAACUCAAGUUUGUCAUCUCUUUCUCUUCAUUUCUGUUUCCUCUGCCCGGUUUCCACA